GGGAUGCAGCUCACGCUAUGAAUCCCAUAUUUGGGCUAGGGACUAACAAUGCUUUUCAAGAUGCUGAUACUCUCUCUCAAGCACUAUUGAAUGGUUCGUCGGAAGAUUUGAUUCCUUGUAUACAAAAAUAUGAAAAUGAAAUGCGAAAAAGGUCUUCAGCUGACGUAUUAAAAUCUAGAAAGGCCGCACUGAGACAAUCUACUCCUAUUGG